CGCACACACGCUCAAAUUAUUCAUGUGUUUUCGCGGCACUGAGCGUCGGUAUUUCUGUGGCGGAACUUAUUUUCAUUUGUAAUUCUAAAUUUAAUUCGUUUUAAUCAGUGUUUAUAGUGUUAUUCGUAAGAUAAUUUGUGAUAACGUGUGUGAAAAACGUAGUGAUGGUUACUGUGGGCUGGUUCCGUUCAUUUCGAUGUAUAAAAUUAUGAUGGCGCGUGUUUGACUGUGUUACUGACUGCUUUCUCGUAACAAAUUAGGACUUUGCUCGAACGAUAUUUGAGCGCUAAUAAUUCUAGUUAAUAUUCCUGUUUCUGUGUUAUUUAACCUCUCUGAAUUUGAUGCUGGAACAAUUAUAUCUGGAAACAUCGUUGUGCAAAAAAGGAUAUUAAGUUUUCGAUGUACUGUGGCUCAAUUAUGCACCAAGGAGACCGCCAAUCUGACGAUUUGCCUGGUGCAAAUAGCAAUCACUGACGCGACUAAACUGUGUAACGACGAGAAAACCAAGUGAAGUGCUUGGAGACGGGCGUAACCUGUUAAUAUUGGUUCACCGUCACAUUUCUCAUUGAAUUAUUCUCAAAAUUAUGAAAUUGCAAUAAAAUAUUCGCGUUUUCUGGCGAUACUUGCGAUGUUCUAUUUUGUUACGUCAGACGCGAAUAGAAGGUCCUAGAUUCGUUGGCAGAUAUCAGAAUGGAUGAAUCAGAGGAUAACAUGAGCUCUGAGGAUCUGAAGGCUUCAGACAGCCCCAUGACUGUCAAAGCAAAACCAAAGAAAAGGUCACUGAUCGAACGUGAACUUGAAACCAGUUUGACUGCCAGAGUGACUUCUCCGGUGUCCACUGGUGAUGGAACCAGCACCAGCCGCUAUGGCAGAGCCCGCCGUCUCAAAUCUGAGAUUGAGCAGUCUGACACUAAGAAAGUGGCUAAUGAACUAAAAUCUCCAUUGCCCGAGAAAUCUCCAAUCAAGAUGCCGUCUCCAGUUUACAAGAUGCAUGCAUCAAACUCUCCUUUAAGAUCUGAACAGCAGAAAGCAGCUGGCGUGGAGACUUUUUUGGAAAAUCAAAUUGAAAAUAUUUAUCAAGAGAACAUAUCAUUGAGCCGUUUUGGCACUGAAGAAGUUAAGAAGACUAGUCCGUCACCGGCUAAAAAAUUCCCUAAAGUUUAUAUAAGGAAAGACUUGAUUCAGAAAAGGGAAGCUGAUGAGAAUGUCACAUUUAUAAAGGAUAUGUUCUCUCCUGCUAAAAGUGCGAGCAAGUCUUCCAGUACACAUUUGAAUAAUAUACUGGAAAGGUCCUCUGAGAGAUAUAAUAUAGCAUCCAAACAACAGAAUGGACUUUUGGACAACUCCUCUGUUGUUAAAACUCUAGACUUUGACAGUAAAAAGAAGAAGAAAGAUAGUAAUAAGGAUAAGAGUCUGUCUAAAAGUGAUUUGUUUGAUUUGGAGGCCAAAUGUGCUUACCAAGUGGGUGAUCUGGCCUGGGCCAGAAUGGGAACUUAUCCUUUCUGGCCAUCCAUUAUAACCAGAGAUCCAGCCAAUGGAAUAUUUGUUAAAAAGAAGUUAUUUGGCCGUAUAGAACGUGAUGUUAUUCAUGUGACUUUCUUCGGAGACAACGGACGUCGAGGAUGGAUAGUAGACACAAUGCUGCGGAAAUAUCAUGGCCAGCUCGAGUUUGAGGCUACUCGGGAAAACUUUACUCCUGAGGACAAGAAAAAAGACCCGAGACUGUACGCAGCAUUCUUUGUAUCGGAAAAGAAACAAGCUCUGUGGAACACUUCAGUGGAAGAAGCUGAAAUGCUGCUGAGGGAGCCAAAGAGGUUGAGAAUAGACAUUUUCAAUGACAUGCUAGAAAAGUCCAGGUCCAGAGCAAAGCAGCAAAAGAGUGGUAAAAUUAGUAGAACAGACAGUGACGUGUCUUUAAGCGAGAGUUUAUACGAUAGCUUGUUCUCUGAAGACGAUGGUAAGACAGACAGUACAGAACGUUCCAGAAAUAGGACAAGGAACAAGUCCUUAGACGUUUUCGAAGUCGUCACAGCCUGCCUCGACAAUAUGGCCGCCAAAACUGGCAUCACCAAGAUCCAAAGACAGUCCCACAUGGAUAGGUGGCUUCAGAAAGCCAAAUCCAAAACCCCAGAGAAAACUCAAGCUAAAUCUCAAGUUCCUCAAAUUAAAUUAGAUGAUAAGAAAGAAACUAAAGUAAUUAGUUCUAAAAAAAAGAAGAGUCUGUCUCGAGUCGCUGUUAAAAAGCCUUAUAGUUUAAGAAAAUCUAUGGCCGAAUCUCAGAAUCUGUUGUCUUUUCAAAAUGAACAUGAUUAUAGUAAAGUUGAGAUAGUUACAGAUUCCGAUCAUAAUUCUACCGACACUGAUAGCUGUAAGAACUUUGCUGCACAAAAGCUGACUGAGAAAGGUAAAGUAGAUGACCCUAUUAUUGUAGAAAGUCAGAGUAGUGAACAUGAGACCGAAACCGAAACAGAAUCAAGCCAAACUGGUACAGAAGUAAGCCGAAGUGGUAUUGAAGUAAGCCAAAGUGGCACUGAAGUAAGCCAAAGUGAUACUGAAGUAAUCCAAAUUGGUAUUGAUCUGAGCCAAAGUGGCACUGAAAUAAGCCGAAGUGGCACUGAAAUAAGCCGAAGUGGCACUGAAAUAAGCCGAAGUGGCACUGAAAUAAGCCGAAGUGGCACUGAAGUAAGCCAAAGUGAUACUGAUGAAGUCAAUGCUAUAGAAAUAACAACUGGAUUAAAUGGAAAAUAUGAUUCUGACUUAGAAACUAUUAAUGAAGAUUCCCAGGGUCACGCCAGUAUCAUAAGUACGGCUAUAUCCUUAAAAAUUGCAACAGAGGAUGAAACGGCAUCAAGAGAUGCUGAAAUACAUAUAAAAUCAGUUUUCGAUACUGAUGAUACCACACAAGACACUGAUGAUACCACACAAGACACUGUUAUUGGUACAGAUCAAAUAAUGAGUCCAGUGUACGAAGAUUCAUUUGAUGAAAUCAGUCAAAUUACACAUAGUCCAAUUGAUGAGAGUGUUAAUUCAAAUGCAGAAAAGAAACCAGAGUCUGUUGAAACAGAAUCGCAAGAUGAAAUAACAAACGAUACAAUAAGUACUGAAAUAAGUAGCGUGUCUAUUGAUGACAGUGAUUAUAAACCACAAAAUAGUAUUGCAUCAGAAGAUGAAAGUAUGAACACUACUCUUCUUACUGACGAUAGUAUAGAGGUCGAUCUAGGUAAGGAACCCACUAAAUCUAAAACUAGUGCAGAUUUAGUAAAGGUUCAAGAUGUACACUCAAUUAGGAGUGACAGUGACACAAAAGAAUAUAAUAAAAUUACUACCAUUAAUAAAUUACAUAACUCCAAAAACAGAGGUAAAGAAGAUUUUAGUCUUAAUAGUAAAUCUAAUGAUGCAAUAUCAAUCGAAUCUAAUGAUAGACUGACAAGUGUGAAUAUAAUUGAAAUGGUCAAAGAAACUAGACCAAUGAAUGGACAUGUUAAUAUCAAAGAAAUUGAUAUGGAUGUUGAUGAAGUUCAAAUACCUAGUCCUAAGUCGCAAAUCGUGGAGAAUGGCUUCCAUGAUGAAGGCACACAUAUGAAUGGCGAUGUUGAUUCAGAUGUCAUUUCCAUCCAUUCGGAAGAUAGCGUUUCUUCCACGAAAUCGGAUAGUAGAAGAAGAUUACGUUCAAGGCAAAAUAAAAAUCAGUUAAACCAUAGUCCUUUAGAAAACCCUGAAUUCGUUAAAUAUUUUGAACUAAGACAAGAUGCGAUCAUGGAUGAGAAUCCGGAGUUGAGUCAAGAUGAAAUAGUAGCUUAUUUAUAUAAAACUUGGUUGUACGAAGAAAAUUCUAAAUCAGAUGAUAAGAAAACCGAAGACUUAAGAGAAUUAAAUCUCGUUAAAGGUCUUAAUUCAGAACUUACAGAGAACAAGAAAGCCAAAGAAGUUGACCAACCGAAAAAAAGAAAUUCACAUAGGAAAAAUUUGAGUCUAAACAGAAAUAUCAUGCAAAGAUUUUUGCAAAAAAAAACUAGAGAGCCACCGGUAGUAUAUUCAAUAACUGAUAGUGAUACUGAAAGUGUUAAAGAAGAUUCACAAUCGGAGGAAGAAUCGCCUAGAUAUAGUCCUAUAUUAAGUAAAGCAGAGAGUGAAAUGCAAUCUACUCAAAUGGAAAUUGAAGAAACAAUAGUUAAAGACAGUGCACAAGAUGAAACUAAUAGAUUUAAACCAAUAGCGCUAGAUAAUCCACAACCAGGUAAGAUAGUAAAUGAGACCACAAAUACUGAUAAAAGUGCAUCUCCUAUUACAGUUAUUGAAGUUCAAAAUAAACAAAUCGAUGAAACAGAGAUUGCCUUAGGCUCACGUACUGCCACUCCAAUAGACGUUCAAAGUAAAAAAGACGUAACUGAAAAUGUGGUAGGUAAUGGGCCAGAAGUACUUCCAAGAGCUGAUGACGUCACUAAAGAAAAACAACCAAUAGAUCCGUCAAACGCAGUACAAGUGGCUUUCCCUGAAGAGUCCGAUGAUAAGUUUAGAAGUGAUUGUGAUACAGAAUCUGUUAACUCUUUAGACAGUGAAACACCUCUUAUAAAAUGUAAACUACGCUCCAAAAGCAAAAGAAAUAAUUCACAAGAAAUCAAACCAAGAGAUGAUGAAGACACUAUUUCUCUUAACUCAGAAGGAAGCGAAGUGUCCAUUAAACGUAAGAAGAAAACCCAAAAAAGAAUAGAAAAUGCGUUAGAAGACCCAGAAUUCGUUAAGUAUUUAGAACUAAGGCAAGAUUCCUUGAUAGACGAACACCCAGAAUUAACCCAAGACGAGAUCGUAUCUUAUUUAUACCAAACCUGGAUAUACGAAGAGAAUACAAAGUCUGAAAUUAAGAAGAACGAUGAUAUAGAACAAUCUAGUUUAGUUAAGGGCCUAAAAGAAACUGUACCACAACAGCCCAAGAAAAUAAAGCGUAAAGUAAAAACUGAGAAAGAACAAGAAAAAGACACUGAUGAUGAUGCUACAGUAAAAGAUAAACCUAGAAGGAAAGUAGUGAAACCUUAUUAUAAUGAAGAAUUUUCUGAUGUAGAAGAAGAACUUGAAGUCUUUCCAAUAUUUAAUCCGAACCAGCAACGGCUCAAUGAGAACGGCGAAACAACUGAACCGAUACACGAAGUUAAUGAUAUUGAUGAAGUAGAACUUUACUUCGAACAACUAGCACGACCUAAACCUAACGUCUUCAAAGGACUGAUCAGGGAGAAGGUUUGCGAACUAUGUGAGAUGAUUGGAAACCUUGUCAAGUGCAAAGGCUGUAAUGGAAUGUUCCACGUAGAAUGCGUUAAUAAAGAAGAUGUAGAAGUCGAAACUCCAGCCCCGACUAGAGGGAGAAAGAAGAAGAAAAAGCUGGGAAGGAAACCCAAAAAUUCCGAUGAAUUUGACAGCCAAGAUGACAACACUCAAAAUGUUUCCGAAGAAAACGCGUCUAUAGAAGAAAUUAUCGAAUCAGAUUCUCACACAGUCGACGCAGAAACUUUAGAAGCACAAAUCGAAGCUAAAAUGAAGGAGCUAUUGGAAAACGAAAAGAUCGAUUACGAUUCUUAUUCGAGUGACGAUGGCUGCGAUUGGAGCGAGACAAUACCAGGGAAAUGCGAGAUAAUCGAUAUAAAAUUAAAACCGAGACGUUCAAAUGAAGUCGAUUAUUCGAAUUUCAAAUGUAAAAACUGUCAAAAGUAUGAUGUGCCAGUGUGUUUUGUAUGUAAGUCUGCGGUGUCGAAGAACGAGGAGACGUUGAGGCAGAAGUGCCACGUGGCACAUUGUCAUAAGUACUAUCAUUUGAAGUGUUUGGACCAUUGGCCUCAAGCGCAGUUUAAUGGGGGCGAGCCUUCGAAGACUAAUAAGAAAAUUAAUGAAUAUUUUGAGGCUUUAACAUGUCCUAGGCAUGUCUGCCAUACUUGUGUGUCUGAUGACCCUCGCGGUUGUAAGACACGGUUUAGUGGCGACAAGUUAGCGCGGUGCGUUCGAUGCCCAGCUACGUACCACUCGUUUACAAGAUGUCUACCCGCUGGGACGCAGAUUUUGACGGCGUCUCAUAUUAUCUGUCCGCGGCAUUAUGAGCAUAGGCCUGGAAAGGUGCCGUGCCACGUGAAUACAGGAUGGUGUUUUAUUUGCGCACUGGGUGGUUCACUUAUCUGCUGCGAAUACUGUCCGACCUCCUUCCACGCCGAGUGCCUUAAUAUUAAGCCGCCUGAAGGCGGUUACAUGUGUGAGGACUGUGAAACUGGACGGUUGCCGCUGUACGGGGAAAUGGUGUGGGUCAAACUAGGGCAUUAUAGAUGGUGGCCCGGUAUAGUUCUACAUCCAUCGGAGAUACCUGAAAAUAUAAUGGCAGUGAAACACAAUCUCGGAGAGUUCGUUGUUCGAUUCUUCGGUCAGUACGACCACUACUGGGUUAAUAGAGGACGAGUGUUUCCUUUCCAAGAAGGUGAUUCCGGACGAAUAUCAAGUCAGAAGUCCAAAAUCGAUGCUGCGUUCACCACUGCAAUGGAGCAUGCGCAGAGAGCCUGCGAAAUAUUGAAAGCGGCCCAACCAAACGAGGAGGAAUCUCUAGACAUAGCAUCGUCCCUGCUCCCCCCGCACUACGUGAAGCUUAAGGUGAACAAGCCGUGUGGCUCCCUCUGUGGGAGGAAACUAGACGACCCGGAGAGUUCACUCACUCAGUGCGAGUGUAACCCUAAUGAUGAAGACCCUUGUGGACCUUAUUCACAGUGUUUGAAUCGAAUGUUACUAACGGAAUGCGGGCCCACAUGCAAGGCAGGCGAUAGAUGCAACAACCGCGCCUUCGAGAAGAGACUGUACCCUAAACUAGUGCCUUAUAGGACCCCCAGUAGAGGAUGGGGGCUCAAAACAUUAGAGGAUAUUAAAGCAGGACAGUUCGUGAUAGAAUACGUUGGCGAAUUAAUAGAUGAAGAGGAAUUCCGUCGUCGCAUGCGCAGAAAGCACGAGAUCAGAGACGAAAACUUUUACUUUUUAACGUUGGACAAAGAAAGAAUGAUCGAUGCCGGACCUAAAGGGAAUCUUGCUAGGUUUAUGAACCAUUGCUGCGAGCCAAACUGUGAAACACAGAAGUGGACGGUGCUCGGCGAUGUACGAGUUGGAUUGUUCGCUCUCUACGAUAUACCAGCUAACAGCGAAGUGACAUUCAACUACAACUUGGAGUGCGCCGGCAUUGAGAAGAAGCGAUGUAUGUGUGGAGCUAAACGGUGCUCCGGAUACAUCGGGGCUAAGCCUAAGCAGGACGAAUCUCAAUCAAAGAAACCAAAAAUACCCGGCAAAAGAACAUAUAAGAAAAGAAAACCGACUGAAGAGUCGCCCUCUACAAAGAACAAGCCAAAACGACCAAUAGGACGCCCGCCGAAACCGAGAGAGCUAACAGAAAUUGAGAAAGACCUUCUCAUCAUAAGGAAUGCGACCAAUGGAAUCUCCAGCGAUGAAUCCACCAGAAGCGCUAGCUCCGAGUAUGAGAGACAUCCUAAAGCCUUAAAAAGGAAACGAGUAAGUUUCUCAACGGAAGAAAUUAUUCUAUACGACGGCUCAGAGUCCCCUAGUGUCAAAAAACAUAAACUUGAAGACAGACUAGACGUCGGCGAUUGAGACAAUUGACUGUUUUUAAUCUGUGCGAAAGAGUGCUAACUUUUUUGUAGUGUUCUUUUUUCAACUGAUUAUUUAUCUGUAUGUGCUAGAGAGAGAUGGCUAAAUUAUAUAUAGCUGUCUUUGUUACUCGUUUGCAUAUUGUUUUAAAUGCAGUUUGAUUUUAUAAAUGUAACGAUCUGCAUGAUUUAUUUAACGGAGUAUGAUUAUUGUUAGUUUGUAUGUAUUGUGUUGGUGUGUGUCGGUUUGGUUAGUAUUCUAUAUAGUUAUUCAAAUUUUGGUAAAUAAUAUGUACAAGGGUCUUAUGAAUUUAUAUUUCUGUAAUCUUCUUUGAAAUUAUUUACUUUCUAAUGUCUCAAUCUUAGUUAAAAAAUUACUUAUUCCUAUAUUUUAUAUA